UUAAUAUGGGCAUCAUCUGUUGUUGAAUUAAAAGUGUAACAACUCGACAGACUUAGCAUAUAUAGUCACUUGAGGUUUGAGAUAUGAACCUUUGAGCUGGUUUCACACUGAGCACACUGGCUGGCGUUUGGUGCCACAUUGAACAGACAAAUAAGGCAAGACAGGACUUAUGCAGUCAGUUGUCGACAAUAUAUCCAGCGACGAAGAAAAUCACAAGUUUGAGGUACCACGGCGUGCUGUGCUUAGUCCUCCAGAUGUGAAGAAAUGGGAGCAAUCAAAUGCUUAUCAGGACAUACUAGGAUUCCUGACAGCAAUGAAUACAGCUGUGAAAGGCAAAAAGUUAAGUGCCGAGUGUCCUGUAAGUCCGGUCACAGCAGCGUUGCUCAAGAUGCUAGACACAAUCAGCCAAUGGAUAGAUGAGAUACCACCCAUCGACCAGCCGCAGCGAUAUGGCAAUAAAUCAUUUCGGGAAUUCUAUUCUAAACUCAAAGAGAAUGGUGAAGAUUUAUUGCGGGAGACUCUACCAGAGGAGUUUCACGUGGCUGUCCCUGAGGUUGUGGUUUAUCUCAUAGAAAGUGUUGGCAAUUCAACUCGUAUUGACUAUGGAACUGGGCAUGAAUUAUCAUUUAUACUUUUUCUAACUUGCCUUUUUAAAAUUGAAGCAUUGAAACAAGAAGAUUCUGUUGCAGUUGUCACACAAAUAUUUCAUAGGUAUAUUGCCUUAUCACAUAAGCUUCAAAUGACCUACAAGAUGGAACCAGCAGGCAGUCAAGGAGUGUGGAGCCUUGAUGAUUAUCAAUUCAUUCCUUUUAUUUGGGGAUCAUCACAGCUUCAGAUGCACCCAAAAAUUUCUCCAGAGAUGUUUUGUAAUGAGAAGAUUGUUAAUGAUAAUGCAGAUGAAUUUAUGUUUUUGGCUUGCAUUAAAUUUAUAUUAUCGGUGAAAACAGGGCCAUUUGCUGAACACUCCAACCAACUGUGGAAUAUCAGUGGUGUUCAGUCCUGGACCAAGAUUAAUCAAGGCUUGAUCAAGAUGUACAAAGCUGAGGUUCUCCAUAAGUUCCCAGUUGUUCAACACAUACUGUUUGGGACCAUCUUGUCAAUUUCUCCAACAACACAGAUCACCUUUCAUCCACCCGGGACCGAGAUGUCAAGUACGUGAAACACCACAAUGGCUCGGGCAAUAGGUGGGCAGGAAUAUAUGCCGCCUCUUGUAAAUGCCAUGGUUGCACCUGGAAGCAUGCCAAUGAUUGAUGGGAUGCCCAAGAAUAUGCCGCAUACAAGUAGAAUGCCUCAAGAUUUACCAUUUACUGAUAUGUCAUCAGCAAUGCCCUGCAUACCGGUAAGCAAAAUAUCCCAAGGACUCUCUUCAACCACAGGUAUACCGUGUGCUGAAGGAAGACAUCCAGCAAUGUCUCCAUUAAAUUCUUUACCUCUUGACACAUUUCUGAAGCAAACAAAACAUUCAGAAUAAUGUAAAAUGUAAAUGGGAAGAUAAAUGGAAAUAAUGCUCAAGGAGUAUGGGUAAUUUUCUGAAGUACUGUACAGUAUCAUUCUUCACUACUGUUAAGCAAAAUUAUAGAAAAAGCUAUGAUACUAUUUGCAUUAUAUAUUAUUGGGAACAUUAUCAUGUAACAAGUCCCAUAAUAUGACAUUUAGUUUCGUCUGAUAAAGGAAUAUUGUGUAUUAGAUAGCGUUAUAUGUACUGUACGUGCAUUAUUUACUCAAAGCCAGACUUAUGGAGUUUAUUUUGUUUCAUCUCACAGAAAUUAUGAUAAUCCCAAUAAAGUUUUAGCAUUGUCUGUAUUUUACAUUCAUUGGAGCCAUUUAUGAAUUUAUGUUGAUGGUACAGCAGUAACAACAAUAUCUUUCACUCUUGUGUCCUGGAUUCAAUCCCCGGCCCAGGACAGAUGUGAGAAAAGCAUUGUCCAGUGUGAUGCUACCAAACAUGGCAGGUUUUCUCCAAGUACUGUACUCUAAUUUCCUUCUGUACUAAUACUGGACUUAAAGGUCACAACAAAGAACAGACCCACUGCCUGAACAGCUAGUAAGUAGUAGGUAUGGAUAAGAAGAAAUAAAAAUGCUGGCUGUGAUUGUCUAUGACAGUUUUAACAUUUGAAAGUAAAAGAAUUGACACUAGUGUCAUCCUCAUGAACCAAUAUAGCCAUUCCUCUGAGAAGGCUGUUUCAUACAAUGCUAUUUGUUCUGGAGGAAAUUUUACUAGAAUUAUUUUGAUUACAUUCUAUUAAAUAAUUCAAAAAGUUCUGUGUGAGACCACAUGACACAAAACUCCUCUUUUCAGAGAAUAAGAAUGGCAUAUGCUGAUUGCUGUAUAACCAAUCAGCACCUGCCUCUGCCAGCUUUGAAUGUUAUCUGCAAAUGAGCUUUAAUUCACAUUAUACUAACUUGUUUCACAUUAUUUUUUACUCAUAAUUUCUGGAUGAAAGACUUGCAAGUGAUAAUGCUGGUAAUGUGGCUCAACAGUAAAGGAAAAGCAUCAAAAUGGAUAUUAAAAUAAAGGUCAUAAGAUGUGUAGAGGCAAGUGAGCACCAAGUUGAUAACGGUGGUAGCUUGGGUAUAGCUACAUGAACCAUUUUAACUAUUCUCGAGAAGGCAGGUAAGAAGAGGGUUUCUGUCCAGUCCACUACUUCAUUUACAAAAAUCAAGAUGACUUGUUCAAGGAGUGCUUUACAUGGAGCCAGUUGGGCUUCAUGCAAGAAUAGGAAAAAUGGCCAACUGGUGAGUACAUGACACUGUAUUUUUUUAUGUUCACCAUUAAAAAUUCUUUUGAUUAUAAAAUGAAUUACAGUAUCGGGGUUAAUAAGGUAAUAUAACCAAUACUCAAUGAAGCCGUAAUAUUUCACUCAUAAGUAAGAAAUGGCACAAAUGUGAACACAUCUCCAUUGGAACCAUGUUAUACUCAUCUCUUACAGUGCUCUAUUUUUUCCAAGUACAGUAUACAACUAGAGUUCUGUAAGAGGUUUGCCAGUAUUAUAUUAACCUGGCAUGAAACCCAAACAAAAAUAAAAGUGUUUUAUAGCAAUUUCACAGUAAGAUGUUAAUAUAAAUUUAAAUGUUCAAAGUUACUGUACAGUACCAAAUAUGUACGAUAGACAAUCUAAAACCCAUUAGUUUAUGGGCCCCGAGAUGGACCUCAGACUUUAUCUUAGAGGGUGUGUGCACCUUAGCUUUGAUUUGGCUUCAAAUUGUUUUCUUAAAAUUUAUUUUUAGGGCAGAUUGAUACUUAGUGGUACAGAAACUCCCUGGGUUAUGGAUUUCUGACUAUGGACACUCCCCUAAGUCCAUUUUCGGGUUGUGGACGAGUAUCCGUUGUUACGGACAUUAAUUAGUGUACAAGAAACCUGCAGAGUAGGCAAAAGGCGACUGGUGAAGUGUCCCAUAAGGUGCCAUUUUGCAUUCAAUCAAAUUGUUAAGAUUGCUACAGUGUGUACCCUACGCAUCAUCUCCGAAUUUCUUUCAUAAAUCACCCAUAAUUGUGUUGCACAAUGACUGGAAAGCAGCCAUAUGAUAAUGAGAGUGCAGAACCUGCUCAUAAAUGUAAAGUAAUAGAUCUAGAGCAGUAUAUGAAAGGGAUUAAGCAGUAUGAAGGAGGAAAAACUAUUGCCACGCUCUUACAUGAAUUUAGUCUCGUUACCUCAACUGUACACAUGAUUGUGAAGGACAGGUUCAUACAGUGGAACACGUGAAAGGUUCAGUGCCUUUAAAAAUCUACUGUGAUAACAAAAUAGUGACCACAUGUUAUUUGUGAGAUGGAAAACUUAGUGUCGAUGAGCAAGUCAGCACCGGGAUUUAAGGUAAAUGGAAUUACUUAAUGUACACUAGUUUUUCAGUUACUUAAUUGUAGUUUUGUACUGUAGCUAUUUUUCUUUCCUACGCCUCUGUUGCUACUUUUUACUUAAUAACAUAGUAUUGUAUCGUGUUGGUAUAGUACAUUAAUAGUAUAGUAUGCUGCACAGACAUGUGUAUUACUUGUGUUCAAUGAUUGCCUAUGGAAGAGUCACUUCUGGUUUAUGAAAAAUUCGGCUUACGGAUAGCCUCCACGAACGGAACCCAUCCAUAACCCGGGGAGUGUCUGUAUAGAGAGGGGUGGCAGGUUAUUGGAAAAGACAUUGUCAAAUUAUUCCUUAAUUCAGUAUUAGUCUCAUCUUUUGUAAAUAUUGGUUGUGUUUAACUUUCAUUUAGCUUUUCUUUAAUGGUUUUAGGUGAAUAGUUAAGUAGUUUUUUUGUUUCUCAUGAACUGAAUUAUGUUAUUGAGGUACAGUACUGCCAUGUUGGGGUUUUCUUGUUAUUGUGGAACUAAAUUCUAUUUUUCACAUUUUUUUUUUAUUCAAGAUACAAAAAUUCACUUAACGAAUGACUUAUCCAUGAAGGCGUCUAACCCAUUCAUUAAGCGAGGGAUACUUGAACUAUACUAUAAGUUGUGCUUGUCCAAUAAAAUGUUUUUGCCACAGUGGGUGUUAAAAAAUCCAGAGCAUGCACCAGAAACAUUAUGUAGCAACACUGCUGCCAGAUGAGCAUUUGAACCAGCAAUGCCACACCACUAGCCACUGAAUCCCUCUUCAGCUGCACCUGUGGCAAGUCCGAGAGGUGAGAGCCUUGAGUGACAUUCCUUUGCAAAUAUUUUUGUUACAACUCGGUUUUACUUUGGUGCAAACCAGUGUAUAGUACAGAUAAGGUGUCUGAAUGUUUGCCCCAGCAGUGUAUAUCCCCAAUUGUACCAGGAACACUUAGUCUGAUUGAAAAAUUUCAUAAUUAUGUUUGUCCUAUUUAUAUUUAGUUUUCUAGGUACACAUCCUUACCUAAGUUGGCAAUUUGUACUAUCUUAUCCUUAUCAUAAGCAGACAAUUGAUAUUUUUUUCUAAGGUUUGCUAAAGUGACAUACUAAAUGUGUGGCGGCGACCAAGUGGAUACAAUGCUUGCCUCCCGUCUUAAUGGUUAGUGGUUCAAUACUGGGCACUCCUAAUCCACCCAGCUGCAAAUGGGCACGUAAACUUUACAGUUGAAGGAAUAAAGGUAGUUAACUGCAGUGCUGGUCUAUGUUACCUCCUUGUGCAGUAUAUUCACACUGUCCCUAAUGGGUAGUUAUGCCAAUGGGUCAUACUUUUGCAUAUGAAAUGCUGAGAAAUGACAAUUAUCUAAUAAUGUAAAGAAAAACUUCAUUUGAUGAAAACAAUAGGAAAAGCUUUGACAGUAAAAAUAAAUUGUUGGAAUAAAAGGAAAAACUACAUUGAGAAUUUUUUUAUUUAAAAGUUACAAAAUAUAUAUUUUUAUUAAAGAAGUGCCUGACAAUAACAUUUCGCUUGAAUUGUAAUGAAACCAGCUAAAUUUAGUUUGCACUUAAAUACUGUAGAGUACAGUAGUAGCAAAAAUGGGCAAUGUAUAAAAAAAUGACCUUUGAAAAUGUGUUCGAUGAUCAUGUUUACUUACUUUGUUUGAUAAUGUUCUGAUGCAUGAAAGGAAAGUUUGUGCAAGAAAAAAGUUAACAGCACAUCAUUUUAAGGGGGCAUUUCAUGGGUUCACAAUUGCCACUGUUUUUGGAGCCUGAGUGUGUAAUGGAGAGAUUUAUUGCGAGUACAACCUCAAAAUUCAGUGUCCUAUUAACUUUGAAACUCUGAGCUAGGGUCAGGUCAGAGGUUCAAAAUUAACACGACUCUAAUUUGAGGCCCCACACACUAUGACACAUCAUACAUGCACACAAUGCUUCAAAUAUGAAUUGGCCCCUUAAAGCUUAUAUUAUAAAUGUUACAAUACAUCCUAGUAAAAUGACAAUCCAUUUAGCUAGCAAUAUGUUUAAUCCCUUUUACCAAAAACUUAAAACUGUGGUAUGUCUGUAUGUACUGUACUAUACUAUGAUUAAGGAUAAUAAUAACGAAGGUGUUAAUUGGUGUUAGUAAUUUUUUUUUUUAAGAAGGGAAUGGAAAUAAAGAAAAUGAUUGUAAAUGUGCCAGAUAAGAGCUUGUGAAGUUUAAGAGGAACACAAAGUGAGAUAUAUAGGGUUCAGGAGUGGAUAUAUUUGCUUAGGAGAUUCUAAUGAUUAAGAUUAGGUGAAAAAUGUUUUGAAAAUUUGAGUUUUAAUGAUACCUGUAUUACCAAACAAUAAACCCCCCUUAAAAAUAAUUGAGGCAAAUGAAUAUGACCACCUAUAAUGCCAGAUACAGUUCACGGAAUCAUAUAGCCAAAAUAGAUUUUUCAUGAACAUUUACAUUAUGAUGGUCAAAUAUUAAGACAUUCAUAUGAUAGUGUUUCAAAAUAAAGAACUCUGAUUUUCUCAGCCAUCAUGGGUAACAAUAUUAUGCACUUUGUACAGAAUAUAAUCUGAAAUUAAUUUUCUUUAAUGGAGGGCAUAUUUUGGUAGGGUUAAACCCCAAUGAAACUGGUAAAUUUGUUACAUGAGUUUGCACAGUGUCAGUGGAAAAGUUUCAAUGAAGCUUAAUAAGAUGCAUGUAAAAUGGUAGUCAUUAUAAAAAAAAAUUUGUGUAGUAUGUAAAGACUUGAACAUGAAGCAUGAUUUUAACUACAAAAGUUCCAUAGCUAUAUUAAGCAGGGCUGUCCUUUAUAUGAAUCCAACAUUUGCAGGUCAGUCCUAUAACUUAAGUAUACAGAGUAGUAUAUUGUGACUAUAACAAAUACUAAGGAUUAUUACGGAUUGGCCAACACCAAAUUUUCAGAAUACAGGUCUCUAGGUUCAAUAUACUGUAAUGUGGUAAAUUCUUCCAUAAUUGCUGCUACUUUUCCUAAAUCAUAACAUUAAAAUGCAAUACUGUACACGUAUCUGUAAAAACAAAACCUAAAACAUUCUGACACUGAACGUAGCUAUCUUACAGUUACAGGGCUGAUAUGUCAAAAGCAAAAUUUUGUUGACUACGUCUGCCCCCCUCUUGAUAUACUGAGCAACUGUCAUAGUUCUUAAAAGUUGACCGGUUUAUGAGUACUAUCAUAGUACUACUAUGGCAGUGAGUUUGCCAAUACCUGUACAGUAUGGUGAUGUAAUUUACUAAGCUACCAAUCAACUACUGUACUGUACGGUAAUAUCAAUUGUAACUGGUGUUAAUGAUCAUCAAAGUGGGCAGAGCUUAGUUGGUAGGCCUUAAGUCAAGUUUACUCUUCAAUAUACCCUGUACUGUAUUAAAGAAUAGAGGAAUCUGUCUUAUUAGCAUUAAGCUUAUUGUGAACUUAUGAUAUCUAACACAAUGAAUAUAACUGCCUAGUAAAGUUUUAAAAAACAUAGCCUCAAAUUUCAUCCUAGGAUAGCUAACUCAAUUUAUGAGCUCACUUUUAACUUUGUAGCUGUACAAAAAAAAAAAAAAAUCUUAUCAAAGG